AUGAUUUUAAAUAAUAAUAAUGUUCCAUUAAGUAGUGCACAAAACCUGCGCAAUGUGACAGGUAGUCCACAAUAUGACAAUGAGAGAAAUCCUGUUUGCAAAUUACGAAAUGCGUAUUUAGUUGUGGAAGGAAAAUGUGAUUCUUACAUUGAAUGCCGGGAUUAUCAGCCAAAUGAAAUGGACUGCCCCGACGGUCUCAACUACAAUCCUGAAGCAAAAUGGCCUAAUUACGCUUGCAGUUACCCUCAAGACGUCCCUUGUGAAGGACGUAAAUCAAGACAACCAGCAAAGCCUACCGCUAACUGCCCACGUCAAAACGGCUACUUCAAAUCACCUUUAGCUAAAGAAAAUGACUGUGGACAUUACCGUCUAUGUAGUGGUGGUGAACCCUUUGAAAUGUUCUGCCCCAAUGGUUUGGCCUUCAAUCCUGAUACCGGCCGCUGCGACUGGCUUGAACUUGUGCCAUCAUGUAACGCUGAAAAAUACGUUUCAUUCAAAUGUCCUCCAUCUGCAGUUGAUAAAUCGGGCAACGCUAUGGUCACCAAUCACAAAUACGAGGGUAGUUGCAACGUAUUCUACUCUUGUAUGAACGGACACGCUCGCGUCCUUUCCUGUGAUGAUGGAUUCGCAUUUGAUGCUGUCAAGGGUCACUGUGAUAUCGAAGAACGCGUUAAUUGCGACGCGCGUUUUGCUAGAAGUCAAGUUUUCUGAAUAAUUAAUACUUACUUCUUAAUGUAUUACAACUUUUUUGUAAAUAAAGUGUAAAAUUUA